UACAAAAACUUCUUAUCUCUUGGACUUGUCUGAAAUAAGAAGUCCGCGUGUCAUCUAGUCAUUAUUUCAUCAAAUGUUUUAUUUCUUAUAUAGUUGCCUGAGUCACUGAUCUCAUUUUUGAUAAUCUUUCAAAUAAAAACGCCUUUUUGGGAAUAACAAGUGUUGCUUUCAGGGGGUCCACACUGUUUCUUAAUAAAUCAAACUAGCCUUCUCCUGUUGUGUGUACUUCGGAAUCAUAUUCAUUUAACUCAUUUUAUUUGUCUGUAUUUAUCUAUGUGAUCUGAAAGACCAAUAAUGUGUUUCACACGUUUAUCAGUCCAUGAGUUAACUAAUUCAUGAUCAAAUUGUUCUACGUUGUUGAUGGACACCCUUACUACUUGUGUUGGGAAAAUGUAUAAAUGUCUGUUUUGAAUCCUCAACAUCAUACUUGCGUUCUGUGAUUAUAUUCACAUAGCUGAUCUUGUAUUUCUGCAGAUUCUUAUUAUAUGACUCCUAACUACCUCUGUUAGAUGUGGUUUUAAAGAUCACUUUUUAUUUAGGUUUUGUAUCUGAAGUAAUGUCACGCUCCUAAUCCGUCUAGCAUUUUAAUGUACUUGUCAGAUAAAUGUAAUAUCAGUCAAUUUCGGUUCUCAUUGAUAUCAACACCUAAUUGUUUCGAGAGUUUAUACUGGUCACAUUUUCCUGGAGAAGUAACAAACGACUUUUUUUCUCCUUCAUUGUAGUUGAUGACGUUAUCAGUCAUAAGAAAAGUUACAACGUAGGACCUAAACACAUAGCUUCAAGUUGCUACAGCACAUUACAGCAUGAUGAAACUGUCGAGGUGAACUAAAAAACAAUAGCCAUUUUGAUGUCGAUUAAAGUUAGAAAGAUUAGAGAUAAAGAGUAUGGUCAGAAAAUUGAUAAAUUUAUGUAAUAUAGUAGUUUUGCACAUCUCGAAGUAGACAGUAAAUGCAUCUUGGUCAUGUUACCACUGAUCAUAGCAAUCGCAUGAACUCCAACCAGAUAGUCUCCCCCAGCCAUUAGGGCUCAUAAUAACAGUCAACGACUUCAUGGACUAGAUCUUGGUCUGACAGCUGCUAGCUUUCGAUUUAUGCUCCAGUCACCAUCCUUCACUGGUCCUCACUUGGAAAGUAUCUGUCAGCUAUCCUCCAUGCAUCACUUUGUGAUUUAGUCCGUCGUUGAAUCCCAUAUGAUGUUGCCAAUGUUUCUAGGUCAACCACAGUGUCGAAUAAGGUUCUAUCCACACUCAAACGCUUUCUAAUAAUCAAGGAAGUCGAUUUAUGGUGACGAGUUCCAUUCAAUUGAUUCUUCAACAACGAUCCGUAGUGUUGAGACUUGGUGUGUGCACGAUCAAUACUUACAGAAUUCAACCUGUUAAUCUCGGAGUUGGGCGUCUACUAAAUCUUUCAUUCAGUUCAACAACCCUCUGUUGAAAACUUUUCCUGGUACUGAUAGUAGUGUGGUGCCUCUAGUUCUCACGAUUGCUGAGGUCUUUCCUUGGCAUCUUGAUGAGGCAUCGUUCCUUUCAUUCUGACGGCACUGGUUCUUUCUCCUCCAACGCUGUCGUAACGUUUUUUGAAUCUCAUCGACUAGCUUGUACUGUCAUGUUAAUUUUUAAAUUUUUACUAUUGUUGGUGAAGGGAUAUUGUCAGGAUGAGUUUGGAUAGUAUUAGAGUAAACGGUUCAUGUGAUGUGGGGUCUAUGACAUGAAUAUAUAAAUCCAGUAAUGAGUGACUGGAACAAAGAGACGAUAACUCAGAAACUAUUCUAUAAAUACAAUAAAUUAAUCAGUCAACUAGAAGUUCUAAAUCGGACUUUUGGACUUCUGUGGAUAUGAAUUCAGGAAAGAUUUUUGAGUCAAUAUUUCAAAAUUAUGUGGAUAAGUGUCCAACUUCAUUAAAUAAUGAAAAUGUUAACAAUAUGCAAAAUUCUACCGAAGAAGAGAUUGAUAUAAUCAACCUUGGAAGAACCCAAUAUAACCUAGUACUUCGUGAUCGUUUUACUGGUUUGGUGAGGCUAAAUAUCACUUACAAUACGUUUGCAUCUCAUACAGAAGCAGAUUUACAAAAUUAUGAUUUACAGCACGUUGCUAUUACUCAGCCGGCUUUAGUGACCUUUGAAGGGUCUAAGUUAAUUUGGAGUCUACCUUUAUCAUCUCCUGCAAUUGGCAUGUAUGCAUUAUGGUCACCGUCUGAUUCAUCAUCUAGUGUUCAUGCGACAAACGAAAACACCAAUAGUAAUAUUAAUAGCAAUAGCAAAGAAUCCAUAAAAGCGAUAACUAAAUUACCACGAAUCCUUAGACGUAUUGCAUUUACAACUUAUGCAUUGGAUUUACAUAAUAUAACGAACCCUACAGAUGAUCAAAUUUAUGAUGAAUUGGAAGCGAAAUUUAAUGGAACAUUAGAUUUAGCACCUUCAUUAUAUAUUGGACGUUCAAAAUCAACUCCAGUUUAUGCUUUAAUGUGUUUAGCAGAGGCUACAUUACGAAUACGUGGUUUACGUAGAGCAUCUGAAAUGUAUAUGUUGGAAGGUCCGAAAAAUUUAAUCGUCAUGGGCAAUAAUCAACAAACUACUACCACUAAGACUAUAAUUACUGCUGAUACAAAUAAUAAUGAUAAUUAUAAUAAUCACAAAGACAAUUGGCCAACUGGUCUAAACGGUUUAUAUGAAUUACCUACAAGUUAUAAAAAAACAUCAUCAUGGGAUGAUAAUCGGAUUGAUGAUCAACCAAUGUCUACAAUGAAACGGGGCAAACGAUUAAAGCGUUUAACGUCUGUAUCAUCGGAUUCUUCUACAAUGUGGGCUGUCAUUGUACCUCCUCCUAGUCCUUUAACAAAUCCAACGGAAACUGUAAAUUCUCCGAAAAUUACAAUAUUACAAGAUUUACCUGUUAACAAGACCUACAUCAAUGACGUUGAUAAUUAUUCUGAUGAUAAACAUGCAAAGAUUACUCCUACUAAUAAAUUAUUUUGGUUCCUGUCAAUGUUCUUCACUGUAUUGUGUAUACUUUCUGUGUUCGUAUACUUCAUAAACAAUUUUGUGAAAUCUAAUACAAUGAACUGUUUAACAUUUAUUUCGGACUUUAAAACGAUUUGUAAGAAUUUUAAUAUUGUAUACAAUUUCGUAUCAAAAUCGUACGCUACACAUAUCGACAUGAAAAAUAGUCAUCCGUCGACAAGUGCACUUAAAACAAAGACGGAUCUUUCACAAGAAACAAGUUCAAUAGUAGCAGGUCUUCUUCCAUCACACUUCGAUACACCAGAUUCUAGUGGUUGGGCUGGGUGUUCAGCACAUGAAGUUGGACAACCGGAACCAAUUCGUUUUAAUUUAAACAAAGUUUUAGGUCAUGGAGCAAACGGUACUAUGGUUUUUGCUGGAACUUAUGGACCACAUGAAACCGCUGUUAAACGUAUUGUAAGACAUCCUUUAUUAGAAAAACAUUGGCGUCGUGAACAUGCCAUACUGUUAAAACACCAGCAUCCACAUUUAGUUCGUUGUUAUUGGACAGGUAGUACGGCAAAUUUUCACUAUUUAGUAAUGCAAAGGUGUUCAUUGAGUUUAAAUGAAGCAUUAUCAUCCCUGAGUGCAUCAAAUGCAUUGCAAUCAGAUGACAUCAAUUCAACUGAUCCCAUUAAGACAUCUUCACUCAAUGAUUUGGGUUUAACUCCAGUACAAAUUAUUCAUCAAUUUAUUUUAGCUGUUGCAUGUUUACAUCGUAAUCAGAUUGUUCAUCGAGAUUUGAAACCAAGUAAUGUACUUAUAAUUUUGGAUAAUAAUUCUAAUAAAGUGAAUAAUAAUAAUUCAACCGGGAAAGCACGUGUCGUAGUUGGAGAUUUCGGUUUAUCUCGUCCAUUGCCUACAGAUCAACAUGAACAACAACAUCAAGAUACAUUCAAUUCAAUUGGACCGCACAUUUCUGUGAAAAUUCAACAAAUUAAAAGUCGUUCACUCUCAUCAUCAUAUCAAAAUAACAGUAGUGUUGAAUUUAAUUCACCUGAGAAUGAUGUACAAUCGGAUGCUACUAGUAUAACUAAUAAUAAUAGCAAUAAUAUUUUCGGUAUAAGUGUAAGAUAUGGUGACCAAGAAGAGUAUACUCCUGAUGUUGUUAAUAAUACCAGAAAUCCUAAUGUAAAUAACUAUCAUAGUGAUAAAAACCAAGUAUCAGAUAAUAGUGUAUGCUUCACUUUUGGUACACUUGGUUGGAUGGCACCAGAACUGUGCGAUGCAGAGUCGGCCUCACAAGUGACUUGUGCAAUUGAUAUAUUCGCUUGUGGUCUCUUGGCUUAUUAUGUUUUAACUUAUGGUAAACAUCCAUAUGAUUGCUGUAGUAAAGAAUUGAAUAAAUUUCAAAUCAACAAAAAUACCCAAUCAACAACUAUAUUUUCGUCAGUGUCAUCUUCGUCAUCUUUUACUACAACUACUGGUGGUGGUAGUGUGGGCAACAACUCUGACUCCGUAAAUGAACUUAAAUCAUUUAGAUGUACCAAUUUAAGCCGUCAACAUGAACGACAGUUGGCAAUAGCUGAACGUCGUCUACCUAAUUUGGACAUUUUGACAGAGAAUCCAAUCAAUGUUCAUGAAAGCUAUUUAGCCCGUUACCUUAUACAAACAAUGCUUUCAUCUGAUCCUAAAGAUCGACCAACAGCUGAAGAGAUCACUUACUAUCCACUAUUUUGGUCACCAAAUAAAGUCAUACGCUUCAUAUCGGAAUUAUCAAAUGUUAUGGAUAUUAAAGAUUUGUCAUUUGAUAUUUCUUCUCAAAAUUGCACUGCUACUAAUCAUUCAGUGGACGCUGCUGACCGAAACUGCACUCAAGACAAUAAUGAUAAUAAUAACAAUGGAAGUAGUACACCGACUACUAUAAGUUAUCAGUCAGUUAGACAACUUUCCAAUAAUUAUCAUCAACAACAAAUGUUAAAUGAUCUUAUUCGUUAUACAAAUUGGGUGUUUAAUGAACAUUGGUUCUCUAGGCUAGAAUCUGAACUGGUUGAUAAUUUAUUAAGUACUAGAAGCUAUCAAGAUACUUCUCUUUUAUACCUUCUACGUGCUAUACGCAAUAAACAUAACCAUAUAUGGUCAUUACCAGAACCUAUUCGUGCAAUGUAUGGUUAUAAUCAAGAAGGUAUGGCAAUUUAUUGGACAAUGCGUUUUCCUGCCCUUCUACCACUUAUCUAUGGUUUAUGUAAUAAACACUUUACUGGUACUAUUAAUUUUUCGGAAUUUCUACCUCCAAAAUCAAUCUGUAAAGUGUUUGUCGGUGCUCCUACAAAUUGUCCAUGGUGGCCUAUUUGGAAUAUCUCUAGUACUGAUAAUAAUGAGAUAAAUGAAAUUUCAACUCAAGAGAACAAUUCAACAAAACCACAUUUUCAGUUUAGCCAAAAUGCAAAUAAAUCAAGGAAAUUAGAUAUGAAUAGUAGAUGGAAACGUGGUGACAUUGUCCACCCCUGUUCUUUCGAACCAUGUAAACCGUCAGAUAUAAUGAAUAAAUCAAUUAAAGUCUCAGUAAAACAUGAAUAUGAUCAAGAAUUAAAAUAUGAGACGAUAUAUCCCAAUGAAGUGGAUCCCAAUGUUGGUGUUUGUAAUAAUAGUACUGUUGAUAGUAGACAUCGACGUCGUCGCCCUAACCAACCUAAAAAAAUUCGUCCUUCUAAAAAACAAUUCACUAUACAACGACGACAAGAUAUAAUUUCAAUCGCUGGAACUGAAUUACCUUCCACAUAUAAGAAAAAAUAAGUACUUGUGAUAUAAAACUUUUUUUUCUUUUGUUAUACGAGUUUUCUUAUUUUUGUACUUUAAAGGAAGGUUUUAUUAAAUAACUAAUCGUUAUUCUUAAUAUUCCUUCCAAUGAACUAAACAAUCUAUUCCUGGUAUCUCAUACAACCAAUUAGUUUCACCUUCCAAACCAACGACAAACUUUAUACGUUUGUGUGCAUGUGUGUCUGAGUAUAGGUUUUACUUAAAUAUGUGUGGUGUUUCUCUUCUGUUCACUUUUUUUUCCUUCAUGUCCGAUAUUUCUAAUUUGUUUUAAUUAUUUGUACAUACUACUCUUAAGUGAUAAAAGAGGUUGAAAUGUGCAAUUUCUUUGACUCGUUUGUCAUUGAUGUCCAUAUUGUUAUUUUUUAUACAUUUUGUUGAUGCUUUUUGGAUAUUCACAGAUAUAUAUACAUAAAUAUGCACCUUUUUGUUGUAUUUGUAAUUUUAAAUGGAAAUUAAUAUUUGCUACAUCAGUGAUCAUUGUUUCUCAAGUAAAGAUUACAAUACAGAAACGAAUUAUGUUUGU